GGAUAAAAUGGAAUUAAAAUAUUGUCUAUAAAUACAGAGCCCGUAUCUGUCUGUGCAUUGAUAGUCUGUGCAUGAAGGAUAAGAGCAUUGACUGCCUGCUAAUCUAUUCCCAGAUGGAGGUGGAGGCAGACGAGAAGCGCCAUCGCACACGGUCCAAAGGUGUUCGAGUUCCCGUGGAACCAGCCAUACAAGAGCUGUUCAGCUGCCCUACUCCUGGCUGUGAUGGCAGUGGUCAUGUUAGUGGCAAAUAUGCAAGACACAGAAGGUGGGUGAAGUUGCCAGAAAGAAUGCCUAGGAAAUUUUGCUAUGCAUUUUCCAUUGGUUUGAUUUUGGUGUCUAAACAUGGAACAGAGUAGUCAUGCAUACAUAAUUUGUAUAUAUAAUAUGCUAUGUCUUUCGGUUUCAUGCUUGCUUUUACAUCAACAAUGGCCAUAUUUAUUGCAAAAAAGCAUUGAACAGAAUACACUGAUUGGAGGAUGAAAAUUGUUUUUGUCAUGCCCUUUAAUAUGUAUAUGUAGUACCCCAGAUGUUCAUCAGUUUCUAAUAUGUAUAUAUAUAUUGUAUUAAAGGAAUCAAUAAAACCCCAAUCUUGUAAUAAACUACACAAA